UCGGUGCCUACUGGCCUCUCUCGCCAAGUGUGGCACCGCGCAGAGCAGGAACAUGGCGCUCAGAGAGAUGUGACGGGGGAAGGAGCCGGAGAUGCCGCGGGCGCUUGCCUGACACGCAGCCGGCCGGCCGUCGAUACAACAGCUGCAGAAGGACUUCUGAAGUAUGGAUGCAGGAGCUAAGGAGCAGGGUUCUUGAAAUUCUUAAUUUGCUGUUUACAUGGGUUUCUUCACAGAUGAUAAAGAUGUACAAGCGGAAGCCAUCUGUCCUAGACACAUCUAACAGCAGGGACUGGCUGGCCCAAAGUCACCUAUUGAAUUCUGUGCCUGAAUAUGGGGUGGAACCUGGUCAGGGCAUCUGCAGAAGACAUCAACUAUCAUGGUUCCGACAGAUGAAACCCUUCAAAAGAAUUUCGAGAAAUCCAUCAACCAGAGACAAGUAUAAAAGUGUGGCUUGGGAAUGGAGACAAUCACAUCCUACACACAACUUCCAUCAGCUUCUGCAUUCAAGACUACAGAUGUUCUACAUGUCCCAAUUUCUGACACCAAAUGCUAAAAUGGUUGAAUACCGCGGCAGUGAAUUGACGUGAUGAGCAGCAUAUGGUCAUCUGUGGCAGAGUACUUAAAAAAAUAAUAAUAACCACAUUCAAUUUCUAAUCUAACGGGAAUCAGAAAUCUUUGGUGAUCUGCUGCAAAUUGCUUAGAAAUUUACCAAUCGAGCUUGAUCUACCUCUUGGCUAUCUAAUUCUAGAUGUUCAGAAACAACUGCCAUCCAUCAUGUUCUGGGUUUAGAACCUGUUGCUCCUCAGGAGGUUUUUCCAUCAUGUUUGGAAAGAAAAAGAAAAAGAUUGAAAUUUCUGGCCCUUCCAAUUUUGAACACAGGGUACACACUGGAUUUGAUCACAGAGAACAAAAAUUCACCGGACUACCUCAACAAUGGCAUAGUUUGCUGGCAGACACAGCAAACAGGCCAAAGCCAAUGGUGGAUCCUUCAUGCAUCACACCCAUUCAGCUUGCGCCUAUGAAGACCAUCGUCAGAGGAAAUAAACCUUGCAAGGAUGCUUCAAUCAAUGGCUUGCUGGAAGAAUUUGACAAUAUCUCCGUGACUCGUUCCAACUCACUUCGGAAGGAGAGUCCUCCCACUUCUCACCUAAGAUCCUCCAACCAUAUAGAAAUCCACCAGCAAGAAAAUGGCUUUGUCACCUAUUCACAGUAUUCCAGCGAGUCAGAAACAGGGACUGAUCUCUUUGUUGAAAAAUACAGAGACAGGUGCCUUCGUAGGGAAGAAGCAGACAGAUACUCCCAAGAGAGCUGUGCUGCAAAACAAAAUGGACACGUGGCCAAGCUGAAGCCAAGUGAGAUGUAUUUUUCUGAAGCCAAGCCUCUGAAGUCUGAUAUCUCUAGAUUCCUACCAGAUUAUCGCACUCCCUUGGAAACAAAAAGUAAACUGAAUGAGUAUGGUGGCCUGAAGCUGGAAUAUCGGAGGGUACCUAGUCACUCUUCUCUGGAUUAUAAAGAGCCUUUUCAUUAUGCUCUCUCUAGAACUUCUCUUCACAGUCAAUACUCCAGAGAAGGACUAGAAUACAGUGACAGCGAGUGGUCCAAGGAUGAUUACGACAAAAGACCGAAAUCAUCCUAUGUGAACCAGGCAAGUCCUCAACCAGCCAUGAGGCAAAGGUCAAGGUCAGGGUCUGGCCUUCAAGAGCCAAUCAUGCCCUAUGGAGCAAGUGCUUUUAAGUCCAAUCAGCAAGGGUAUUCAUAUAGUUCCUACACCUACCCUCGAUUGUCGGAAACAACAGCAGGCAUUUCAAAGCUGGAUUAUGAUCGAGCACAGAUAGUAGUAAGUCCACCCCUUUCUGGAUCAGACACAUAUCCACGAGGCCCAACAAAGCUACCUCAGAGUCAGUGCAAAGCCACCUAUUCAGGUAGUGGUUAUCAGUACUCAGUUCUCUAUCACAAAUUCUCUCACUUUAACCACCAGCCUUCUCUGCAGCCCAGCUCACAUUAUACUUCCACAGCUUCUUACCCAAGCUCCCCCAGCAUCACUUCAAGUUCUUACCCUCCGCCGAGCUGGGGUUCCACCUCAGAUCAACAACCCUCACGGGUCUCGCACGAGCAGUUCCGAGCAGCUUUGCAACUGGUGGUGAGCCCAGGGGAUCCACGGGAAUACCUGGACAACUUUAUCAAGAUCGGGGAAGGCUCCACCGGCAUCGUUUGCAUCGCCACCGAGAAGCACACGGGAAGGCAAGUGGCGGUGAAAAAAAUGGAUCUCAGGAAACAGCAGAGGAGGGAAUUGCUCUUCAAUGAGGUUGUCAUCAUGAGAGAUUAUCACCAUGAAAAUGUGGUCGACAUGUACAACAGUUACCUGGUGGGAGACGAGCUCUGGGUUGUGAUGGAGUUUCUGGAAGGUGGUGCUCUGACCGAUAUAGUGACUCACACACGAAUGAAUGAAGAACAGAUUGCUACUGUUUGUCUAUCUGUUCUAAGAGCAUUGGCCUACCUUCACAAUCAAGGCGUUAUUCACAGGGAUAUAAAGAGCGACUCUAUACUUCUCACUAGUGAUGGGCGAAUAAAGCUGUCAGAUUUCGGAUUCUGUGCCCAAGUUUCAAAAGACGUUCCAAAAAGAAAAUCACUUGUCGGAACUCCAUACUGGAUGGCACCUGAAGUGAUUUCAAGAUUGCCUUAUGGAACUGAGGUGGACAUCUGGUCUCUUGGCAUCAUGGUGAUAGAAAUGAUAGAUGGGGAACCGCCUUACUUCAAUGAGCCCCCCCUCCAGGCCAUGCGUAGAAUCCGAGACAAUGUACCGCCAAGAGUGAAGGACCUACACAAGGUUUCAUCAGUUCUCCGUGGAUUUUUAGACUUGAUGCUGGUGAGGGAACCUUCACAGAGAGGAUCAGCACAAGAACUCCUGAGACACCCAUUUCUGAAACUGGCUGGGCCUCCAUCUUGCAUAGUGCCUCUCAUGAGGCAGUAUCGGCACCACUAAAUUCAGCUGCUUUUGUUUAUCCGUUUAUUUGUUUUCCAGGAAACAAGUGAAGCGAUGAGGUUAGGUGCUGCCAAAAUCAGCAGCAAGCAGCAGUGAUCCAGUGAGAAAUAAUGCCACUGCUGACAUGGCUCAGCAUACCGUGAAGGAGUCACAGUGGAGAUGUAACUUGGCUAAUACCUGACCUGUCGGCAGUUAGUAAUCCUGGCUGAAAUGCACCAUGGUUGAAUAUCUUUGGCCUGAGUCAGAGCAAGAGGUUUUGAUUUUAAACCAUCCCGUUUGGGGUGAGGCAGGGGGAACUUUGGAAGGCCAAACUUUUAUUGCAGAUCAAAGUAGAACAACACUUCUGCUUCAAAAGAGACUUUUUUUCUGAAUUAAAAAAAAACCCGAAAAACAACCCAAGAAGCACUUUUUAUCUCGGUUAUAGCAAUGUGAUGUAUUUUGAAAUGAAUUUGUAAUUUUCUGUACAUUGCUUUUGAUAAUUUAUGUACUUUGGUGUCAUAGUUGCUAGUGGAGGUGAAUGGUAUUAUUUAGCAAGUAUUAGAACGAGAGCUUUCCUACUUUUUUAUCUCUUUUGAAGAGAAGCAAACAUACAUGCACAAGCACACAUGUGCAGCUUAGAAUGUUGAUUAGAUUUGUGUCUCAGGCAAAAAUGGCUACGUUUUGCAAAUGUUCAAAUUGCUGGCCAAUGCUGUAUUUAUUCCUCCAUUCAUCGACACAAAUUUCAAGCUUUCAAUGUUGUUUUGAAGUGAUAAGCACUUGGAAAAAUCUAUUCAUGCUUAUGGAAAAGGUGGUGUCACAAUUCUGUAUUAACUGGAUGAAAGUAUCACCUCUUUUGUGGUGGCAAGCAUAUGAUCAGUUAAGAAGAGCGGAGGAGAAAUCUGCUAAUCAAGAAGAAAUUUGGCUGGCCACCAAUAACUAUGACAUUUCUGGCUGUGUACAACAUGCUUAACCAGGUCAGUGAAAGAUCUAGCAGUCAUUUUCACACUUGUUAAGCUUGCUGACAUUGCUCUUUGUUAAUUUCUUUGUGAAUUAGUUAGUUAUAUGACACCAACCCACUUGGUUAGAUUAUGGAUCCAUAUACCGUGUAGGGGUUAGUUCAUGAACCAGAUUACAUGUAUUGUGUUAGUACAGCCUAUGCUGAGUGAUUUGUCCCACAGAGGCCUAUCUGAGCUGGCUGAAAACUUAUGGGACUUGUAUUCCAGCAAUGGAUCCAGCCAGAGCUAAUAUUGGAUGGUGCCAGAUCGAAAAUGAGACCAGUUUACAAAACAGACCAAUGUCUGUAUGCUGCUGGAUUCGGUUGCUCACUUCAUAUGACUUUAGCUGAGUGGUUAUGUUCCCAUCUGAAUUCCAGUAGCCCUUCCUUGUCUUGUGUUUAUGAGUUGCCACCAUGAUUCACCAUGUGUCUGGGUGCCCACCCUGAAGUUGGAGCAGAGCACUAAGCAUCACCCUUGCUGUCCGCAAACAGUGACUUCAUUACCAGUGCUUCAUUGUGCCAUCACACCACCCCAAGUGAAGUGCCUGGAACUACUAGUCUUUCUUUCCCUCUCCCUAAAUUAUCUUCUAUCCUUUGUCCUUGUGGACUAACAUCAUGUUCUGUGACUUAAGGUCAUUAAAGCAAAUGCAGCUGCCAUGGCAUACUAUAUUGAGAGCUAGUAUCUUCAUUGCAUCCUGGAUAGGGCUGGAAUCUCUUAAAGUGGGACAUUCCAAAGAGCUGCUGUCACCUGUCAUUAUAGCUAGUCUUAAGCUAGGCAGACUAAGGGCCUGACCGGCCUGGCCCACAUUCACAUAUCCUUGGAGGCUUUGCACACUUCCCAGUUUAGGCUACCCAAUGAAAAAGCUGUUUAGCACACAGCAGACUUUCAUCAUCAAGUUGCAUCACUCACACUGCCUAACACUGAACUGCCCACAAGUUGUAACUACAUAAGCUGGAGUUUAGCAGCAGCCAUAGUUCAGCAGACAGUUGGGGUUGCACACACAAUGCUGCCAGCUUUGAGUCUUCUUUUCUAGCUUCAUAUGUGACAGACACCCACUCAGGGCACCUGCAGGCAAGAGAAUUUUUGCUUAGUCCUAGCAACAUGGAUAUUGCCUCAUUUGACUCCGUGCCAAUUCCAAUGCCUCCCGUUUGUCUUCAUUAUUUUUAUUCAGGCUUUAGAAGUCAACCACUAAGUGGGUGUUUUCUGAGUUUAAAUCAAAGUGUUGUAAAAUUUGGUUAAUGUGUUUUGCCAUACAGGAGAAAAAGCUGUCUAAACCCCUUUGAAAUGUUAAUUCAGCAAUGGCAACUACAAUUAAUCUUAUGUUGCUUGUUUGGUAGGUUUGCAUGUUUACCAUAGACCUAGAGAGAUUUGCCCUUUUUAAGUGCUCCAUAAUUAUUUCAGUCAGUUGGGCGGGGGGGAAUAUUUAUUUAUUCAUUAUGUAUAACUUGAAAGCCAUGUCUUUUCUAACUUCGAUUUUGCUUUUUGUUUUGGGUUAUUUUCACCUGAUUUCACUUGAAGAAAAUUGUCUGAUCCGAACUCUAAUGUCUCUGGACACAGUAUUUUGCAUUGGGGGGGGGCUUUCAUUUUAUCAGUAAGUUGGUUGAUACCUAUUGUAAUAAUAGAGAAGCCAACCCAAAAGUUAGAAAGCUGCUGAUUUGUGAUGAGUUGUUAAUGAAGAAGAUAUAUUGUUUUCCAUUCUGUAUAUAGCUUCUUUAAAAAUUCAAAUUGGAACCCCACAUUACAUUAUAUACAUUGAUGCACCACCUUUCCUUGAACGUGCAUUCGGCCCCAAGCUCUUUCAUUAGAGAUGCAUAGAAUUAAGGCAUUAGUACAUCUAGGAUGGGGGGUACACAACAUUUUGUUUGCCAGUGUCAUCUUUUGAUGAGAGGAGGCAGAGAAAUGAGGUGGUUGUAAUGCAAAAGUGAACGGUAUUGCAUGAUACAAUAGACAGGAUUGGGGUUCCCUUCUGCGAGUAGGGUGGGGUCUGUUUUAAGAGAGAAGCCAUUUUAAGAUUUACACAAGUAUCAUUUCCAUUAAAAAUGGUGUGAAUAUGUGAUGGCGCAGUGUUAGAAUGCAGUAUUGCAGGCUAAUUCUGCCAGCUGGCAGCCGUUCGAUCCUGACCGACUCAAGGGUGACUCAGCCUUCCAUCCUUCCGAGGUCAGUAAAAUGAGGAUCCAGAUUGUUGGGGGGCAAUAGGCCGACUCUGUAAACCUCUGUAAAGCAUUAUGAUGAUGUGGUAUAUAAGUCUAAGUGCUAUUGCCAAUCCAUAUUUAUUUAUACAUACAUACAAUGUACAGGUUACCCGACUUCCAACUAAUUUUGGUUGUUAUACUAGGAUUUCAUAAACAAUAGGUGCUACAUAAAGUCCUGGAAUUUUAUGUUGCCCAUCUUUAUUUUGGGUAAUUCUCAAAACUCCAUUCGGGUGAAUAUAAUUUAUAUUCAGGAUUGAUAACCCCAUAUAGAUGAUUGCUGGGAUUGGCUAGAAGCAAUAGUGAAGGGGUGGAGGUUACAGGUGUAUGCAUCACUCCACCUACUGUUCAACUUUCCUCAGAUUAAUGUCCCAAAUAUGGCAGGUGAUGAUGUCUCAUUGCCAGUGUUGAAAUAAGAUUUAAAUAUAUAUAUGCUUUGCUGUAAAUUCAUAAUAAAUUGCAUCUUACUAAUCA